AACCUGGUCAGACUCAUUAUAGUCGGGAGAUGUGAGCUCCUCCAGUCUGUCCUAUACCUCUCCUCUGUUCUUCCUGCUUCAGAAAAGGAGGAUUUUUAGUUUGGGAUGAGCAAGUCUCUCACCUUGGCGUGAAAGGGACCUAUAGCAGACGCGAGGACCCCCCAGCCACGCCCGGCCAACAGCAGCCAUGGCCCCCCGCAAGCGCAGCGCGCGGGGCGUCUCCUUCUUCUUUUGCUGCUUCCACAGCAACGACCACCCAGAGAUCACCUAUCGCUUGCGCCAGGACAGCGACUAUGCCCUGCAGUGCAUGGAGCCCUCCCUGCCCAGACCCUCAGAGGACGAGCUGGACGCCAUGUUCUCGGAGCUGGUGGAUGAGCUUGACCUGACAGAAAAGCAUAGGGAAGCCAUGUUUGGGCUCCCUACGGAGAAAAAGUGGCAGAUUUACUGCAGUAAGAAGAAGGAACAGGAAGAAAUCAAGGGAGCAACCAGCUGGCCGGAGUACUACAUCGACCAGCUGAACUCCAUGGCUGCCAGGAAGUCUAUCCUGGUCAUGGACAAGGAAGAUGAAGAGGAGAGGAACAAGACCAUUGAGAGCCUGAAGACAGCCCUACGGACGCAACCAAUGAGGUUUGUGACCAGGUUCAUCGACCUGGACGGCCUGACCUGUGUUCUGAACUUCCUGAAGUCCAUGGACUAUGAGACGACCGAGUCUCAGAUCCACACCUCCCUGAUUGGCUGCAUCAAGGCUCUGAUGAACAACUCUCAGGGCCGCGCCCAUGUCCUAGCCCACCCCGAGAGCAUCAACAUCAUCGCCCAGAGCUUGGCUACCGAGAACGUCAAGACCAAGGUGGCCGUCCUGGAGAUCCUGGGAGCUGUGUGCUUGGUGCCCGGUGGUCACCGGAAGGUUCUGGAGGCCAUGCUGCACUACCAGAAGUUUGCCUGUGAGAGGACGCGCUUCCAGGCCUUGCUGAAUGAUUUGGACCGGAGUACGGGGCGGUACAGGGAUGAAGUCAGCCUGAACACGGCCAUCAUGUCUUUCAUCAACGCCGUUCUCAGUCAAGGAGCUGGAGAGACGAGUCUUGAGUUUCGGGUACACUUGCGGUACGAGUUCCUCAUGUUGGGGAUCCAGCCCAUCAUCGACAAGCUGAGGUCCCACGAGAACUCCACACUGGACCGACAUUUAGAUUACUUUGAGAUGCUGAGGAACGACGACGAGCUCACGCUGUCAAAACGGUUCGAUACCGUGCACAUAGACACUAAAAGUGCAAGCCAGGUGUUUGACCUCAUCCGGAAGAAGAUGAACCACACAGAUGCCUACCCGCACUUUAUUUCUAUCUUACAUCACUGUCUCCUCAUGCCCUACAAGCGAAGCGGGAACACGGUGCAGUACUGGCUGCUCCUUGACCGCAUCGUGCAGCAGAUCGUCCUGCAGAACGAUAAGGGUCAUGACCCUGACGUCACACCCCUGGAGAACUUCAACGUCAAGAAUGUUGUUCGAAUGCUGGUCAAUGAAAAUGAGGUCAAACAGUGGAAAGAACAGGCUGAGAAAAUGCGAAAAGAACGUCACGAGCUGCAGCAACGACUGGAGAAGAAGGAGAGGGAAUGCGACGCCAAGACUCAGGAGAAGGACGACAUGAUGCAGACGCUCAACAAGAUGAAGGAGAAGCUGGAGAGGGAGAGCUGCGAACACAGGCUGGUCAAACAGCAAGCGGCUGACCUCUCCGCCCAGCUAAAUCGGCUCAGCACCCGUCAGAGUGUGGGCAUACCUGGAGGCCCCCCUCUAGUGCCUGGCCCCCCAGGUGCACCCUUACCACCUCCACCCCUCCUCCCCCCUCCUCCCCCUCCACCGGGGUGCAUGCCCCCCCCUCCUCCUCCGCUGAUCCCCUGUGGUGGCCCUCCCCCGCCUCCCCCACCUCCUGGUGGACCCCCACCCCCUCCCGGGCCCCCGCCCCCUCCAGGGCGGGCCCCCCUUGGUGGCGUGCCCCCUCCCCCUGGCGCUCCCCUGGGACCCGCACUAAAGAAGAAGAACAUACCUCAGCCCUCCAACCCACUCAAGUCUUUCAACUGGGCCAAGCUUUCUGAGAACAAGCUGGAGGGCACAGUGUGGACAGAGGUGGACGACGUGAGGGUGUUCAAAAUCCUGGACCUGGAGGACAUCGAGAAGACCUUCUCCGCCUACCAGAGGCAGCAGGGACCCAGAACCCAGCAGCCACUGUGCCAGCGACAGAAAGAGACCGAGGAUGAUUCCCUGACCUCUAAAAAAGUCAAAGAGCUGUCUGUCAUUGAUGGCCGCAGAGCCCAAAACUGCAACAUCCUUCUGUCCCGGCUAAAGUUGUCCAAUGAGGAGAUGAAGAGGGCAAUCCUGACCAUGGAUGAACAGGAGGACCUCCCCAAAGACAUGCUGGAACAGCUGCUGAAGUUUGUUCCGGAGAAGAGCGACGUGGACCUCCUUGAGGAGCACAGGCAUGAGCUGGACCGCAUGGCCAAGGCAGACCGCUUCCUGUACGAGAUGAGCAGAAUCAGCCACUACCAGCAGAGGUUGCAGUCACUCUACUUCAAAAAGAAGUUUGCUGAGAGGAUUGCGGAAAUCAAACCAAAAGUGGAAGCUCUGACUAAGGCCUCUAAGGAGGUCCUGCAGAGCCGGAACCUGAAACAGCUGCUGGAGGUGGUGCUGGCUUUCGGAAACUACAUGAACAGAGGCCAGAGAGGCAAUGCCUACGGCUUCAAGGUGUCCUCACUCAACAAGAUCGCCGACACCAAGUCCAGCAUCGACAAAAACAUCACUCUCUUGCACUACCUGAUAACCAUCUUGGAGCAGAAGUAUUCCAAGGUCAUACUGUUCCAGGACGACCUGCAGAACGUUCCAGAGGCCGCAAAAGUCAAUAUGACAGAGCUGGAGAAGGAGAUUGGUAGCCUACGCAGCGGCCUGAAGAACGUGGAGAAUGAGCUGGAGUUCCAGCAGAAGCGACCUCAGGAGCCGGGAGAUAAGUUUGUGUCUGUGGUGAGUCAGUUCAUCACCGUGGCCAGCUUCAGCUUCUCUGACGUGGAGGACUCUCUCCAGGAAGCCAAAGAGCUGUUUCAGAAGGCACUGAGGCACUUCGGAGAGGAUGCUGGGAAGAUGCAGCCAGAUGAGUUCUUCGGCAUUUUCGACCAGUUUCUGCAGUCCUUCGCCGAUGCCAAACUGGAGAACGAGAACAUAAGGAGGCGCAAGGAGGAGGAAGAGCGUCGGGCACGGAUGGAGGCUCAGCUGAAAGAACAGAGGGAGAAAGAACGCAAAGCUCGCAAGGCUCGGGAGAAUGGCGAGGAGGAUGGCGAGUUUGACGACCUGGUGUCGGCUCUACGCUCGGGGGAGGUGUUCGACAAGGACCUGUCCAAGAUGAAACGCAACCGGAAACGCAUCACCAACCAGGCCAUGGAGACCGCCAGGGAGCGGCCAAUCACCAAGCUCAACUUCUGAGACCACUGGAGACCCCCGGGAUCCACCCACCCACCAGAGGGACCCAGGGCUACAGCAGACCUCCUUGUGAUGCUCACCACCCCAAUCCUCUCCUCCAUCAUCUUAACCCCCUCCAGAACUGAAAUGGAACUGAAAAAAUGAAAUGAACAGGCUGUUAAUGUUACUCUCUGGUGCAGAAGCACAAGAAUGUUUUUUUGUUUGUUUUUGUCUGUCUGGAAACAGAUGACCAAAAAUGUUUUUAAAAAAAUGUAGUAGUUCCAUUCCAUGAAGCAUGGACGCUAAAGCAAGAGAGCAGUCUCCUGUGGGUUUUCAGUGCCCCUUGCCGGUUGCCAAAAGAACUUAUUUAAAUGUUAUUGAUGGUGAUUUGUUGGUCAGUGGAUGUAAUGGUGUAACACAAUGGUGCUGGCGCACCGAACGGUUGAUAUUUUAGGACCAGUGGCCUUGGGUCAUGUGACCAGGUCAUGUGAUGACCCCGCUUUCCCCCUCCGGGGGAGCGUGUAUAUGGCGCUUCCAUUCACCCGAGGGUGUUCAUAACUACAGGGAACCCAGCACAAGACUCCACCCCCAUCCCCUGCUAAAAAAGAUUCCCCGUGCUUCUACCCAGAGUAGAUGAACUGAAGUGAAGCCCCCCACCAGUCUGGAGCUGUAAGAGGGAAGCACAGAGCCUGUGUUUCACCAGGCAGUGCUGAAUGCUACCUGCUAACAUUUAAAACAUUCCAUGCCGUCACAAAUGACAAGGAAAACGUGAAGGAUGGCCACAACCAUGUAGUGGCUAAAAAACGAAUGAAUUGUAUUUCUAUGGUCAUUGUAGUUAAAAUCAGCAGCUGCAGUAAAACAUUUAUUUUAUGUUUUUUUUUUUUUUUUUUUUUUUUUUUUAACGAUUCCCAGAUUAUUUCUGUGAACUUUUUUUUUUUUUUUCUUUCCAGUGGACUUUGCAAUCUUACUUUACCACAGGACCCGGUGGACAUUGUAUAGUGUGUUAAAACAAGCACUGUUUUGCUAAUUUGAAGGUAUAUUAAUAGUUAUGGUGCACUGACAUGGGUUACCGGCAGGCCAGGUGCAUCACCCUUGAAACACUGUGGUUAUCCGCUCUUAAUUCUUCUAUGCAUCCGAAUAAAACUUGUUCCGUCUUGUAGCUCAACAAACUCAGUAUUACAGGAGAAAUCAAACCUAUUUAAGCAUCGAUGGCAUCAUGACUCAUCCCACCAAACAGCACUUCCUCUCAAACCGGUGUUCUCUUGAAUAAAAGAUUUUUCUCAGCCCA